AAAGUCAAGGCUUCAAGGAGCUGUUAUUUAUGUUUUUGUUUAUUAUUUAGAAUUCUGGUGUAGUGGAAGAAUCUUGCCUGUAAACCUGACACCAUGAUUUGGAGGCUGAUCCCUUUCCUUUGCCUGCUUUUUGUAGCAGUUGAAAUCAGAGGUCAGGAAUUCAGUUUAGAAGAAGCAUUGGGGGACACUACUGAAGGAAACAAUGUUGUAACCAUGAAACCAUCUCCUGCACCUCAACCCGCAAAUCCUGGCACAGGUGGUGGAAACUUUGAUGAUUCCGACCUUUUUGAUGGUAACAUCCAUGAUACUCAUCCAAAUGAGGGCGACACACAUGGGGAUGGACAAGAGAAUAAGGGCGAGGAAAAAACAAGCUUAAUAGCAGGUAUAGCAAGCACCGUGGGUGUGGCGGCACUCGGGGCCAUUACAAGUUUUAUUGCUUACCAGAAGAAGAAGUUGUGUUUCAAGGGAGCAGGUGAUGAUCCAGAAAAUGUAAACAUGGAAAAUCAAAACCGAGAUCCUCAAGUACAAAGCAGUCUUCUGUCCAAAUCUUAAAAAAAGGUGCAAUAAAAGUCCUACAGGAACAAUGAAACCAGAAAGGUGUUUUUUGUGUUAAAAGAACAUUUCAUAUUCUCCUUGGACGAAACAAAGAAUAGAAAACCCAACAUUUUCUGGAUCGUUCCGAACUGCAACACGUGAUCUACACUGUCUGCAGUGGUUCUGGAUAAAGAAAUCGAAGUGACUAAACAACGUAUUGUCUAAGAUGUAUAACGUCAUUUGGCUUCCCACCCUUUUCCCUGUACCUGUAUUUUAAAAUCUGAUCAAUUUCUGGUAAAAUGUUGUUUUUAUUUACUGUUUGAUUGUUUACAACCAAGGAUAGACACCGAAGUUCCUAUUCCAGCUGAGCCAUUUAACUUCAGUAAUGAACAGCCAGAAGGCUCUUAGACUUACUCUAUCCUUGGCUAUAUGAAAUCAAAAGUUUCUUAAAAUACACAGUUUUAACUUUUUUUUUUUUAUGUUGUUGCCUUUUUAAAUCUGUACCCAGUGUCUAUGAUGUUUUGUUUUAUUUUUGCUACAAUAACUGCCCCCAUUACAUAUUACAGAAUAUUGGUGCAAAAUGCACGUGCCUUUUCUUUACCCAAGAGCUCAUCUGAAUGUGCCUUAGAUCAUGAUAAAACUGUUUUAUGAUUUGCUGUA